AUGAUAAUGAGUACAACUCACUUUAAACAUGAGAAUCCUUCACCUGAACACUGCAAUCAAUCAAUUCACUUUAGUUUCAGAAAUGAACAGAUUAACGGAUUUACUAUUGAUGCCAUUUUAGGAAAUCAUAAUACAGAGCAGAAUAAAAUAUCUUUAAAUGGUGCAAAACUCAACGGAAAUACUGACAGUUGCUUUAAACGAGUUGACACAUGUUACAACAAUAUAUCAGUUAGUACCGACAUGAAGAUGGAUAGCAUAUCAAGUAAAUAA